GUACAGGUUAUAUUAUUAUGUCAUAUUAAUCUCUCUUCGUAUUAAUUAAUUUUAAGCCUGCUGAUUAUAUAGAGCGAAAAAUUAAUCACACCGUCCACGACUCUACGUACAUUCCUUCUCUAUCACCCCAAAGAAAAAAAAAAAGAAAAAAAAAAUCUCAUUUCCCUCUUCCAAUUCGCAGUUCCUUCCUUUCUGCGCAACACAUCCAGCGAAAACCAAAACCAAAUGCACACAUUUGCCUUUUAGCGCCCCCGCUCUGCCUCUUCUUCUCUUUUGCUUUGCUUUGAUUUCUGUGAUUUCCGUCCGCAAAUCCAAGCUAUUCCUCUAGGUUUUUGCAUUCGAUCAUCAUUCUUCCCCGCGUUUCUAGAUCUGAUCGCCAACCCCGCUCUUCCCGAGUUUCCCCGCUCGCCGCCGGCGCAGAUCUCGAUCUCUCCCGCUCCGGUAACUUUACUCUCGGUCUGCUUCUUUGCCGCAUUGUGUUUGGCUUGGGUGAGAACGAUAUGGAUUCUGGAGGUCAAUUUUGCUUUUGUGUGCGUUUGUUCUGUUUGGAUUGCAGGAAUAUACUCUGCUUUCUUUCCUAGCGACGAAUCGGAUUCCAGGAGGGGGAAAUUUUUUCUUUCUAUGUUCGUGUUUGGAUUCGAAUUUUCUCCUCCUUCGGUGAUAAACAGAUCUUGAAAGUUGGCUCCGCAAAAGCGAUCGCAGCGCCACAUGGGUGGCCAUAUGCAGCAGACCAAUGCUGCAGCGGCGACGGCGUUCUACGAUCACGGCGGCGGCGGGGCUCUGCAGAAUGCGGCCGGUACAAACGAUGCCGGCGAUGCUGUCAUGGCGCGGUGGCUGCAGUCGGCCGGCCUGCAGCAUCUGGCAUCUCCCUUGGCUUCCUCCGGCAUCGAUCAACGCGCGCUGCCUAAUCUCCUAAUGCAGGGUUAUGGAGCUCAAUCUGCUGAAGAGAAGCAGAGGCUUUUUAAGCUAAUGAGAAAUCUUAAUUUCAAUGGAGAAUCUGGCUCUGAUCCUUACACACCGACUGCACAAGCUUCAACUGCUGCAGCAUCAGAUGGGUUUUAUUCCCCUGACUUCAGGGGGGAUUUUGGAGCUGGCCUUUUGGACCUUCACGCAAUGGACGAUACUGAGCUUCUGUCUGAGCAUGUUAUGACAGAACCUUUUGACACAUCACCGAUCAUGCCUGAUAUUGGCCAAGGAUUCGAGAAUGAACUCAACAUGGCUAGUCGUAGGUAUCAAAGUGAGCAAACUGAUGCAGAACCAUCAGUAUCAUUCCCUGUCAGUGAAAAAGAAAACAGUGGGAGGGAAAGUAACGUGGCUAAGAUUAAAGUUGUGGUGCGUAAAAGACCACUAAACAAAAAGGAGCUUGCUAAGAAAGAGGAUGACGUUGUGUCUGUUGCAGACAAUUCCUUGACUGUCCAUGAACCCAAACUAAAGCUAAAAGACUUGACCAUCUAUUUUGAUUUGAAGGUGGACUUGACAGCAUAUGUGGAGAAGCAUGAAUUCUGUUUUGAUGCUGUUCUUGAUGAGGAUGUUAACAAUGAUAAGGUGUACCGGGAAACCGUCGAGCCCAUAAUUCCCACAAUAUUCGAGAAGACGAAAGCUACUUGUUUUGCAUAUGGCCAAACAGGUAGUGGAAAGACUUACACGAUGCAACCUUUGCCUCUUAGAGCUGCUCAAGACAUGGUUAGAUUACUGUACCAGCCAGUUUACCGGUCCCAGAGGUUCAAAUUGUGGCUCAGUUAUUUUGAAAUUUAUGGAGGGAAGCUCUAUGAUCUUCUUUCUGAAAGAAAGAAGCUCUGUAUGAGAGAAGAUGGCAGACAACAGGUUUGCAUUGUUGGUCUACAAGAAUUCGAGGUCUUGGAUGUGCAAAUAGUCAAGGAGUACAUUGAGAAGGGAAAUGCUUCAAGAAGCACAGGAUCCACAGGUGCCAAUGAGGAAUCUUCAAGAUCGCAUGCUAUAUUGCAACUUGCUAUCAAGAAGCAUAAAGAGGUAAAAGAAACUAGAAGGAACACCAACAACAACAUUGAUGUUAAUGAUCCAAAAAAUGGAAAGUUGGUUGGCAAAAUCUCGUUUAUCGAUCUUGCUGGUAGUGAACGAGGAGCAGACACCACAGAUAAUGACAGACAGACACGGAUUGAAGGUGCAGAAAUUAACAAGAGCCUUCUGGCUCUUAAAGAGUGCAUUCGUGCACUCGACAAUGAACAGAUCCAUAUACCUUUCCGUGGGAGCAAGCUCACUGAAGUACUUCGCGAUUCCUUUGUUGGUAACUCGAGGACAGUUAUGAUAUCGUGUAUUUCUCCAAAUGCUGGUUCCUGUGAACACACGUUGAAUACACUGAGAUAUGCUGAUAGGGUCAAAAGCCUUUCCAAAAGUGGCAAUACGAAAAAGGAUCAACCUGUAAAUUCAUCGACUAACAAGGACAUGCCAUCAGCAUCUUUGGCUGUUCCCACAGACACAGACGACAUGUUUGAACAGAGAGAAGAGGCAAAACCGGUGGAUAUGGUGAGAAGACACAUAGAGAAAGAAGAUCAUGAUAGGCAGCCGUCGAGUUUCCCUUCAAGUUAUAACUUCAAUGGCCGACAGCAAGAAAGUGGAUCAACUUCCAGCUUAACUGACCGGGAGAGGAUUGAAUUUAACAAUUCCUCUGGCGGUCAACCAAAUGCAAAAAGCUAUACAUCAUACUCCCAGCCCCCAGCCGAACCUGAAGAAAAAGUGCAGAAGGUAUCACCGCCUCGUAGAAAAGGACCCUCGAGGGAGGAGAAGGCCGACAAGUCUACAAAUUGGGGGAAGAAAGAUAGCGGUGGUACAUCUGAUGUUGUACCUACCACUGUAAAUUCCAAGAAAGAUAGCAGUAGUACAACAAACCUCCCCACAAUUGGACGAAGACAUCGAGAAUCUGAUCCUUCUUCAGAUGGGAGUAUCAAUGCUAUACUCGAGGAAGAAGAGGCUCUAAUUGCUGCACAUAGGAAAGAGAUUGAGGAUACAAUGGAGAUCGUGCGUGAGGUAAGUGAUGAUUUGUCAUAUGUCAUCGAAAUGAAGCUUUUGGCAGAAGUUGACCAGCCAGGCAGCCUCAUAGACAAUUACGUAACUCAGCUGAGCUUCGUUCUCUCGCGUAAGGCCGCCGGCCUGGUUAGCCUCCAAGCUCGCCUCGCUAGGUUCCAGCAUCGGCUGAAGGAGCAGGAGAUCCUCAGUCGCAAACGAGUUCCUCGCUAGAGACGCAGUACCCUGUUUGGUGUGUGAUCUGAAUUCUUGUCUCUCGAGCGGACUCGGAGCAUCGCUUGCGGUGCUUACUCGGGGAAUCUGACGCGCGGGCAGCAGGAAUGGCGUGGUGUUCCUUUUGUUGGUGGGAUGGUUGUGGUUGCAAAUGUAUCAUUCAGAACAGGCUGGAUGCUGGCGUUGUUGCUAAGUUGGUUUUUUGUUUUUCUGGGUUUCGUCGUCUUGCGAUAUUUGAAGGGUGAAUGAAAAGGGGAACGAAAGAAGGGGGGAAAACACAGAAACAGUGGAUUCUUGUGUAAGCAAAGUGAAAUGAAAAAGGAAAAGAAAAUUGCUCAAUAGGUGAUAUACAAUUUACUUGAAAGUAAACUUGCAUUUGUUCAUAAUAUAUCUUACCUUCAAUUCUCACCUUGCGUAUUUUUUUUCUUCCAUACUGGACAUCCAAUUUGAACCAAAUGCAAUUGUGCUAAAACUGUUAUUAUUUGAGGUUCAAUCAGGUCGCUAAAUC